UCUGUAACCGUUAAAAAUUGUAAAUUGGAAUAUUACCGAAUAAGGAAAGGAUGUCGUAAUAAUAUAUUGAUAUAGCAUAUAGCCGGUUGUCCGAUAGUAUUUACUAGUUACUACUUAGUAUUCGUCAAUCGUACGGAUGUUUAAAUAUCGUGUUUUUCCAUGUCCGACGGUGUCCUCGUCUUCGUUGUUGUAAAUUAUUGCAAUACCCACACGUAGAUGUCAAACCUUCCGGACGUGGGUGAAUUUAUCAAAAGUUACUUCCGAUUGAACUUUGAUUACUGUUAUUGAUCCAGUCGACGCGCGACGAUCGCGAACCGAUAUACACGAUGACUAGAAUAAUAACGACUGCGUCAGAUGUGUAUGAUCGCAUGUCUGAGUCUUUGAAUGGUCACAACAACGUCAAGUACAUGCCAUAUCGCAUUGCUCUGAAAUUGACCGUCUUGCAAAAAUAUACUUGCUUGGAUAAAGUGUCAUUGUACAUCAUAAAUGGUGUUUAUGAACAACAUAAAGGAAAAAACCUGAAUCUGAUCGAUAAGGUUGUGUUAGAUGAUAUUGUAUCUGAUAUCUAUUUCGCAGUCCAAAAAGAGUACUCAGAUUUAACCUUUGAUGGAGAAAUAGUAUCUAAUGUUUUAGUUCAGUUAUUGGGUCAAAUAUUUUCAAAGUAUACAAAUAAACAAAUAAAUUUAAGAUCUGCACUAACUGUCAUAGCUUGUUUAUCAUGUGAUAGACUUCGUGUACGAUUGAGUUAUAUGUUCCAGUUAAAUUGUCUUAAAAAUGAACUCGGAUUAACAAAAGAGUGUUUUAGAAAUUUUUUAAGGGAUCUCAGUUUAUUACUAAACUUUUUAUCAGAAAAAAGUGUGUUCGAGUCCUCUUCAAUUAACAAUAUAAUUGAUAAUUGCUUCCAAAAUUUAAAAAACCCAAAUUAUAUGACUGAAGCUGAAUUCAUGCAAUGGUUUAUGACUGAGCCACCAGUAUUAGAGUGGUUACAAAUAUUGUAUAGAAUAAAAAUGGCAGAAAAUGUCAAUCAUGAAGUGAACUGUAAAGUCUGCAAAUUACCUGUGAUUGGAUUACGCUAUUUUUGUUUAAAAUGUGUAAAUUAUAAUCAGUGUCAAAACUGUUUUUUGAUUGGUGCCACUAACAAAAAACAUAAAUUAAAACAUGCUAUGCAAGAAUAUUGUUGGAUGGAAACUCCCCAACAGUUAUACACACAAUAUUUAAAAUCCUAUUUAGGAAGAAUUUUUGGUUUAACAUCUAAAAUUCGAUAUCUUCCUGUUGAGAUGCCUAUUGAUGUCAUUGAAACAAAACAAAAUGUUAAGGAAACCAGUAGUAUCUCAAUUGAUUCCAUUGCUGUCAAAUCACCUCGUCAAGAAUUGCAGAGUGUUAUAUCACAAAUAGAAAGAGAAAAUAGACUGUUAGAGAUUGAAGUCAAUACUUUGAAACGUGGCGACUCUCAGUUUGAAGCAUUUUUAGACCAACAUCGGAGUAAAAUCGAAAGACAGUUGAUACGUCUAAAACAUUUAAAGAACCAUUUAAGCGGUACGUUUGGACGUGGAAAGAUGAAGCGUAUGCAAAGCACGCCUCUCAUCGUGUCAAGACCGGAUAGUAAAGGUAAUGGAAUCCCCGCGGUCAACCUGAGUCCAAUAUUUUCUGCCGAGGUGUCAUCGCGCACCGUUCGUAGCUGCUCUGGUCUGGAUGCACUUAGUACGUUGUAUGGUGAGAGGACAGUUGGGGAAGGUUUGGUCUCGGAACCGAACGAAUUUUCUUACUGGCUGGGUCCGAAAAUUGCCGCCGCCAAGAACCGAGAAUUGGACGGAACUUAUAUCGAAAAACCAGCUAACACCGACAAAGAAAACGAUGCUGCAGUAGCUGUUGCCGUGUCAGUCAGAUCCGAGUCCGAACCGCCAUCGUCAGUUUUAUCCGAUAUUCUGAAUAGGCAGUCAAGUGGUGGUGGUGGUGGGGGCCUUAAGUCUCCCGACAAAAUUUCCAUUACGGUUAACAAACAGUCGUCGGUGUGGCUCAACGCUAGUAGAGACUACGCCAGAGAGCCAGUUGAUGACAAGGACAUGGACGAAUUGCACACCGAACUAGAUAAGAUUUUGGACCAGUUACAGAAACUCGUAACUUAGAUAUAAAUAAAAAAACAACUAACGUUUAUUUUUUUCCUAUUAAAUUUAAUUUUGCACUCUAUAAUAUUGUAUAAUAUAUAUAUAAUAUAUAUACAUAUAUACAAUAUGCAU